AACUCUAAGCUAGGAUACAUUCAAAAUCACGUCCUAUCCUGGCCAAGGCAUUAUAUAUUUAUAUUAUAUUAUUAUAUUUUAUUUAUAAUUUUUUUUCUUUUUCUCUCUGCAUUGAAAUUCUUACAUUUUAUUAUAGCGUUUAACUUCAUAUCCAUUUGCUUAUCCGUACUUAGUAUAGAAAUACCUUGAUGUAAUUUUGGUUUGUUCCGAUAACUUUCUUGUUCUGGUUUUAUUCUAAGCUUCUUUUUAUUUUUGAGCAGUGCAAGUAGGUGAUGGCAAAACUAGUGAUUUAGUGCUACAGGUGGUGAUUUUGUGGAAGAGAUGCCAUAUCACUGGAAUGUUUUGUUUCUUAGUCAUUUGAUCCGCUGUUUGUCUUUAUUGAUCUGUAUAGGUUGAGACGCAGAUUUAAUAAUUUGUAUAAAAUGUGAUAAUAUUAGGACUUUGAGAUACAUCUGCAACUUAUAAAAGCUUCUCUUCAACACUUCCUCUUCAUAAAAUCUGUGACUUAAUAGAGAAGAGUGUGAAGCAGACAUUUUUCCAAGAAAAGGUAGUUAGAAAAAAAAUACAAUACUGUAAUACUAUCCAGUAAAUGCUGCUUUUCAGUACCAAAAUACCUUGUCUGAUUUUCACAUCCCUUCACUGUGCUGAAACUUUGGGAAUUCUUGUGCUUUACCACAAAGAAUAACAAGAGUAGAAAACAUGUAACGGUAAUGUAGCUGUUUGAUGAAGAAUCAUGAUAUGCUAAGGAUAACUCAUUACUGUUUCUGCAUUUGACAGGUCAGAAUGGUAGGCAUGGUAUAUGCAGAAUGAGGAUACUAAGCCUUGAUUAAUAAAGAGUUCUUUUUUUACUAUUGAAGGCAAAUAAGUGGUCAUGACAGUUGCUAAAGUUUAAAAACAAGAAGGAAUGUCUGUAAUUACACACUGCUUUUGCCUGUUCAUAUAUUUGCUGGAAGGUUUAUCAACAUACACCAUAAUAAAAAAGAACAUAAGCGAAUGCCAGUUUAUACAUUAUUAGAAAAGCAUAAGUAUGUUUUCUCAGUGGAGUGAUGAUUAAGGAUAACUAACAAAAAUAAAUUGAUGCAUAAAUUGAUACAUUUGAUGUAAAACUAUUUUUGUAAUAACCAGAAUUAAACAAUGUACUUAACAUUGUUCAUAAAAGGCAUUAUAAUUUACUGGCAUUUAAAACAAAAACAAAAUUGCAUUAAAUAUUUAGUAGAUAUAUGUUCUUACAUAUACACAUAUUUUUUAUCUUGUUUGAUAAGAAUAACAUAUUUCUACCUUUUUUUGAUUACUAGUUUCUUGUUUAUUCAUGUACACCGAUUUAUUCUUGUUUUCCUUCUUCUUUCUUUUGCUGUCUGUUUUUUGUAUAUACUCCAGUGCAGAAAUUAUUGGUUUGAGAUUUUGUCUUGUACAUUUUGUUGCACUUGGGGGAACACAAUUUUUCACUUCAUGGUUUAUAUGCAUUAUAUAAAAUUAAGCGGUAUUCAGGAUCUAAGUUUCCAUAUAUGUACAAGUUCUUUUUCUUUCUCACAUGUACAACUUUAUAUGUAUUAUCAAAUAUACUGCAUUUCACCUGCCACCAAUAUAAGUAUGUAUAAAUAGCUUCCACGUGGCGUACAGAAGCACGUGUAUGCGUGGCUUCACCGUAGGCGCCCCAAUACUUAAGGCUCAGGAUGACCCAGGGAAAUUGGAAGAGCAGGCAAGAUGAAAAUUAACAUGAAAUUACUGCCUAUGAAGGCACAUUACUUCUUAAUGUUUGCAGGCACUGCACCUGUGCUUCCAUUCCUGCCAGUAUAUGCACGACAACAGGGUAUCUCCCCUGCGGGCAUUGGCCUCAUCUACACCAUCCUACCCUUUGUCGGACUCUUCGCAAAGGCUGCAUCAGGUGCGCUUGCUGAUUUACUUCGCAUUCACCGAGGAGUUUUUUUGUCUGCUAUUGCUGUGUGUACCCUUGGUUUCUUCAGUGUCUACUUCACGCCACCAAUACCUCAGACACCGAAUAAGGUUCCUGCCAAAGUGACUCUGGAUUGUAGCUCACCUUCCACCUACAUCAAGUUUUGCUCUUCAAAGGAAAAAUGUAGACAGAAUGAUUUCAUUAAUGGCAUUAAGGAUAAUUAUACAACAACAUGUAAAGUGGAUUGUGCAGGAGAUGAUACAGAAACGAUCAAGUCCGUGUGUGCAGCUUGGAAUUUAUCUACUUCUUGCGAGGACUCCGAACUGAACUUCACUGCCACAACUAACCUGUUCUACAAUGAGCAAGUUCAUCCAUGCACCUUCUUUCCCAUAUCCAAUAUUACGGCUAGUGGCAUGGAGUUGGCUGAUCCCACAUGCCCCGAUUUAACCAGCUUGAACUGCACGCUAGUCUGCAAUGACGGCAGAUUCAUGUCGUUUAUGGAAGCCCCUCUGACAGUUCCUCCCACUACUUAUCAAGAGCUGUUGUCAUACCACCAGUUCUGGCUCUACCUCCUAUGCGUCAUCAUUGCUUGGAGCGGCUUGGGGAUCUCUGUGGUUAUGUCCGAUACUGUUUGCUUCCAGCUUUUGGGUGAAAAAGGAAACAAGUAUGGAGAGCAGCGUCUGUUUGGAUCCCUGGGCUGGGGUACCUUGGUUGUCAUCACGGGCCUGCUUAUCGACUAUUCCUCCCAAGGUCAAGUGCAGAAAGACUACACCUCCGCCUUUGUCUUGAGUCUUGCUGUCUUGUUUAUAGAUCUCGUGGCUGCAACUCGUCUCCAGAUUGAGGGAAAUGAAAAGAAGAGCUGGACAGCAGGUGCGAUGGCUCGUCUUAUUUGCGAGCCACAGAUCGUUCUCUUCGUUGUCUGCUGUGUUGUAGUUGGAAUAUCGACUGGAAUUCUGUGGACUUUCCUGCUGAUGUUGGUUGAGGACAUUGCCUUUGAGUGGGACUGUCACUUCCAAGCCAUGAAGCUGCUUCAGGGACUCAUCAUGGGAGUCCAGUGCUUCGGCGGAGAGUUGCCCUUCUUCUUCAUAUCUGGCUGGUUCAUCAAGAAGCUGGGUCACGUCCAUUCCAUGUCCCUGGUAAUUGGGAUGUUUGGGAUUCGAUACAUCCUGUACUACACCAUUGUCAAUCCGUGGGUUUUCCUGCCCAUCGAACUGCUCAAUGGCUUCACCUUUGGGAUUUUCUACGCUACCAUGACUUCUUAUGCGAGUCAGGUUGCUCCCAGUGGCACAGAAGCGACAAUGCAGGGUAUUGUGGGAGCUUCUUUUGAAGGCAUUGGCAUUGCAGUUGGUGGCUUUGUGGGAGGGUCACUUUUCUUCACUGUUGGUGGCUCAAGAACCUUCCUCUAUACAGGAAUAUUCAACUUGUUCUUUGCUGUUCUCCACAUUAUCCUGCAGAUCCUUCUUAAGAGGCUAAGACCACAGUCAGCAUCAGCUGGAGGUAGUCCAACUCCAGUGGGUUACAUGGUCCCCAGUGAGAGCAUGAAACCUGUAGCUGCCACAGAUGGAGAGGGUGAAGAAGAUUAAGUUAUGAAAUCACUAUAUCAAAGUCUCAUGUUAUGUUGGGAGUUAACCAGUGAGUGUGACUAAGGAAACUUUUUUUCUGGAAGCAAACACAAAUACAUGUUUCCUGCAAUUAACUCAGGAGGAUAACAGCCUUGGAAGGACUAAAGUUAGCAGCAACAUGGAAUUAAAGAUCCUGCUUGUCCCGUCCACAUUUAAAGGGCACAAUGAUCAAGGUCACUUUAGUGAGUACUUCCUUAAAUGAUAAAUAUCCAUAAAAUGCUGAAUAUAUUUUUGUCAAUGAGAAAAGGAGCCUUAAACAUUAAGAAGUAUGGCUUGAGAUUUAUUGUUUCCCUCUCUGGAAUAUCAGUAACAUUGAUUUAGGCUGUUGAGCUUGUGGUGCUUCUGCUAGAUCUACUAUUAGUAUUAGCAUGUACAAAAUAUAUAGAACAAAUGUUUUCCAUGCUUCAGAAAUUCCAGUGAGCUCCAAACUGAAGCACAGACUUUUUACUGAUAUUAUUUAUAUUAUAUUUAUUAUUUUGAAAGGAUUUGUUUUCAUUUGAUAUCUGAAUUUUACUAUUACUGAAGCCAGGUAUCAGGGCUGACUCCAGUGAUUUUUAGGUAUUUUUUUAUGGUCAAGCUAAUUGCAAAAGCAUAUAGCAGCUACACUCUUUGCUUUAGAGAACUUAACCCCUUGCAUGUGAUGAUAACCUCCAAAGGCAACAUGGCAGUAAGCCAAUUUUGCAUUGCCUGCUCCUGAUAGUGCACUGGGUAGUGGAUUGACCUCUCACCUUAAGCUGGUGUGUCAGCUCAAAGGACUUAUUGGUCCAGGGAGUUUUCAAAUGAAAUUAUGUGAUUUUAUUAUCUUCCUAAGGGGUCAUUGGACCAGCAAUAACCUCUAGGUCGGCUGAUCCUGUUUUUUUGGGGGGUAUCUCAUACUCAGAGGGUUAAUAUUGUAAAAUUUACAUGGACUGGUUCCAUGUACAUAUAUUGAUAUUCUUAUUUAUUAGUAAUAUAAUGUGUGUGUAUAUGUAGUAAUGCAUUUUAUAAGACAAUAGGUAAUGCUUUCUAGGCAUUUUAGAUAUUGAAAUAUGAACUUCUGACUUUUUAGACAUGUUAAAACUGCAAAGUUAGUGAAAUUUUAUACUUAGCUAUGUGAAUAUGAGGUCUGAGCAAAAGGCUUAUUAGCUAAAUCUUUGGCCUUGCUUUCCAUGAAUUCAUGUUUCAUGCAUAUGGUAUAAAAAAGUUCAUUACUAAUGAUAUAUGUAUUGUAUAUAGGUCUGGAAUAAAGAGAAAUGUGUCAGACGAUAUAGA